AUAGGCGUGUUUUUUCUGACCGAAUGAGGAAGUACUGUAGACAGAUCCUGCUUCAGUAGAAAAGUUCUGAUCUGACUGACUGAUCACUCAGCUGCAGGAACAUUUCACAGUUCUCUUGUGGAACAGAUCCAAAGAUGAAUCGUUGUGGUCUGCUUACCGCCCAGAAGAACCCAGUUCCUCUGAAGAGCGUGGAGGUGGAGCUGCAGGUGAAAGACCAUGUGGCUACAGUCAUCUCUACUCUGAACUACCAGAACAAGGAGGACAAACCCAUAGAGGCGCUUUUUGUCUUCCCUCUGCCUGGAGAUGCUGCUGUGUGUCAUUUCAGUGCUGACAUUGGACAGACACACAUUGUAGCUGAGCUGAAGGAGAAGCAGCAGGCUCGUGAGGAGUAUGACGAUGCACUGAGCUCAGGGCAGCAGGCCUUCCUGUUGGAGGAGAGUGAGCAGAGUCCUGAUAUCUUCUCUCUGAGUGUGGGCAGUCUGCCUCCAGGGGAGAGCGCCUCCAUCAUGCUGCAGUAUGUCAUUGAGCUGGCUGUGGAGGCUGAUGGGGCGCUGAGGUUCUGUCUGCCUGCUGUGCUCAACCCUCGCUACCAACCUCAAGGUAGUGAAGGUCCUGGAGUCCCGGUGAGCUCAGUUCCAGCCUCUGAGAUUCCCUACAGUCUGUCCUUUUCUGCACGAGUGUCCUCUCCUCGUCCAGUUUCCAAAGUAGAGUCCAGCUGUUCUCUGGAGCCUCUUCAGUACCUGAACACUGAUCACACAGAGGCUGCUGUGAAGCUGGCUGCAGGACACAAGUUUGACAGAGAUGUAGAGCUGCUGAUUUAUUACAAAGAUGCUCACCAGCCCUCUGCUGUGGUGGAGGCAGGACAGGACUCUGCUAAGCCUGGCACUCUGAUGGGUGAUCCUGUGGUGAUGGUUAGUCUGUACCCAGAGUUCCCAGAGUCUGUGAUGUCCAAACGCGCCUCAUGUGGAGAGUUUGUGUUCUUGGUGGAUCGAUCUGGAAGCAUGCAGUGUCCGACCAAUAACUGGAACCAGCAAGAGACUCGCAUCAGCAGUGCAAGGGAUACUCUGCUGCUCCUCUUGAAGAGUUUACCAAUGGGCUGCUACUUUAAUAUCUAUGGUUUUGGAUCCAGAUAUGAUCACAUUUUCCCGAAGAGUGUGGAAUACAGUGAGAAGAGCAUGGAGGAGGCUCUGAAGAAAGUUGAGGUGAUGCAGGCCGAUCUGGGAGGAACAGAGAUUCUUCAGCCCCUCCAACACAUUUACAGUCAGCCCUGCAUCUCCAACCAGCCUAGACAGUUGUUUGUCUUCACUGAUGGAGAGGUGGGGAACACAAAGGAAGUUCUAGAUCUAGUUAGGAAGAAUGCAGGUUCCCACAGGUGUUUCUCUUUUGGGAUUGGAGAAGGAGCCAGCUCUGCUCUCAUCAAUGGGUUGGCUCAGGAGGGCAGAGGUCACGCUCAGUUCAUCACAGGAAGUGACAGGAUGCAGGCAAAAGUGAUGCAGUCACUGAAAUUUGCACUACAGCCUGUUGUCAAAGACAUCUCUGUCACAUGGGAUUUACCAAAGGGAGUGUCUGCCACUGUCCUCUCUCCACCAAUCACAACAAUUUUCCAGGGUCAGAGGUCACUGGUUUAUGCCCAACUCUCUGGAAAGAGUUCCCAAACAGACUGCAGUGUGACGGUGAAUUACACUCUGGGAGAUCAUCCCUAUGAGAGCAAACAACAGUUUAAUCUGAAUCCUGCAAAGGACACUGGGUUAACAGUCCACAGGUUAGCUGCUCGUAUUUUGAUUCGUUCUCUGGAGUCUGAGGAAAGAGAGAACAGAGGAAAGUCAAAUGAAGACAUGAAGAGGAAGGUGGUGGAGCUCAGUGUCCAAUCAGGAGUGAGCAGUCAUCACACUGCCUUCAUUGCUGUCAACAAAGACAAUGGUGAUGCUGUUCAAGGACCUCUGGUGCGCAGAAAUGUUCCAACCCCUGGUCUUUUUCAUUGUCUUCCCAUGAUGGCCAUGUGUUCUCCUGUGGGUCAUCACAUGAUGGCGAUGCGUUGUGCUCCUGCAGGUCGUCCCAUGAGGGUGAUGUGUUCUGCUCCUGUGGGUUCUCCCAUGAUGGCGAUGUGUUCUGCUCCUGUGGAUCUGAUGAUGGACAAAAGAUGUGAUUUCGGAGCCGCUGUGCCUGAGCAGCCCCGCAGAGACCCUCUGCUGCAGCUGGUUUCCCUCCAGAAGGCGUCCGGCUGCUGGUUGCUUGAUGCAGCUCUGGCCUCAGUUCUGGGAAAAACAAGUGAGGAGGUGGAGAAGUCAAAGCCUGCAGAGGUCAGCAGUGAGGUGUGGGCCACCAUUCUGGCUCUGAUCUGGCUUCAUGGAUUCAAGAUGGAUGCAAAGGAUGAAUGGGAGCUUCUGGCUGUGAAGGCUGCUUCAUGGGUCCAAGCUCAGAAUGCUCCAUGUGUGAAGGAGUGUGUUGAUGCUGCAAAUGCACUGCUGGGUUACAAAGUGCAGAAGGAUGCUCUGGGGCUCUGAGGUGGAGACCGACAUUCCAACGUGUGACAGAAGAUUUAAUGUUUACGUCUCAUGUUCAUGACGUUAUUGACCUUAAUACACUGCAUGCUCUUGGUGUUGUGAUGGUAAAAACUUUAGAAUUUUUAAUUCGUUUCUAAACAACUGCUAAAUUAAAGUUUAAUAUUGUUAUUGUUGGAACAUGUUGAUCUACACAGUAUAUGUUUAAAUACUGACAAUGCUUACAUGAUUUCAUUUCCCGGGCAAUCCCCUGUAGACGUAAAAACAAAUGUCUCUACUUCCUUUGAAAUCUGCUUUAAAACUAUAAACUCUCUCUAUUAAAUGGAACUGCUGAAUCUGCCUUUG